CGCAAGCGCAGGUGCAGGUUCGUUGCCAUCGCGACAAAGAGACGCGGAGUGCUUGCUCAAUUUCAGCUAAGCAGAAGAAAGUUGUAUUGUGACCAUGGCGGAUUCCGAGACCCUGCCAGAAUCUGAGGUGCUUGGACUGAAGCUGGAAGCGGUGAUCGGUUUCAAUGGACAUGUUCCUUGUGGUCUGAUAUGCCAUCCUGAUCAGGAACAUUUGGUCUAUCCUUUGGGCUGCACGGUCCUUGUUGAGUCAAUAAACACAAAUAAGCAAUAUUUUCUACAUGGACAUAGCAAUAAUGUUUCCUGUGUAACUAUCUCCUCAAAUGGUGAUUAUAUUGCUUCUGGACAGGUUACCUUUAUGGGGUUCAAGGCAGAUGUCAUUUUGUGGGAUUAUGCAAAGAAGGAGCUGAUUGCCCGACUGUCACUUCACAAGGGCAAAAUUGAAUCUCUGGCUUUUUCUCCAAAUAGCAAAUACCUGGUAUCAUUAGGAGGUCCAGAUGAUGGAAGUGUGGUUGUGUGGAGUGUUACCAAGCGAGAUGCCAUUUGUGGCAGUCCUGCAGCAGGUCUUAAUGUUGGGAAUGCUACAACAGUUAUCUAUUCAAACUGCAAAGAUGAGAUGUUUGUUACUGCUGGAAAUGGAACAAUCCGGGUAUGGGAUCUCGAUUUCCCGAAUAGGAAAAUCUGGCCAACUGAAUGCCAAACAGGACAAUUGAAAAGAAUAGUUUUAAGUAUUACAAUGGCAGAAGAUGAUAGUUAUUUCUAUGUUGGAACAACAACCGGAGACAUCCUUAAAUUGAACCCCAGAACAAAACUAUUAGCUGAUACAGGUCCUGUCAAGGAAAAGUUCAGUCUGGGAGUCACCACUAUCACGUGUCUGAAGAUGGGAAAUGUGUUAAUAGGCUCUGGAGCAGGGGUGUUGGCUCUUUGUAAAAGCCCAUGCUACAAACCAAUCAAGAAAAUUCAGUUAAAAGGUGGAAUCACUUCCAUUGCACUUCGAGGUCAUGGGCACCAGUUCUUUGUUGGAACAGAAGCAGCUCACAUUUACUGUCUCAGUUACACUGAUUUUAAGGAAGAACUCAUUGCCACAUGUCACAGUGGAGCUGUCCAGGACAUUGUUUUUCCGUUUGGAACUGCUGAUUUGUUUGCUACUUGUUCCAAGGAGGAUAUCCGAGUGUGGCACACCUCUUCCAGCAGAGAGCUGUUAAGGAUCACUGUUCCUAAUAUGACCUGCAAUGCUAUUGACUUCAUGAGGGAUGGCAGAAGCAUCAUUUCAGCAUGGAAUGAUGGUAAAAUCCGUGCAUUCACUCCAGAGACAGGUCGACUGAUGUAUGUGAUAAACAAUGCUCACAGUAUUGGAGUGACAGCCAUUGCAACUACAAGUGACUGCAAAAGAAUCAUCAGUGGAGGCGGUGAAGGGCAGGUGAGAGUAUGGGAAAUAGGCCCUCACUCCCAGAAACUGGAGGAAGCUCUAAAGGAGCAUAAAUCAUCAGUAUCCUGUAUUAAGGUAAAGAAGAAUAAUGAAGAGUGUGUCACAGCCAGCACAGAUGGAACUUGCAUUAUUUGGGACCUUGUGCGUCUGAAAAGGAACCAGAUGAUUCUGGCCAACACCUUAUUUCAAUGUGUUUGUUACCAUCCAGAAGAGUUUCAGAUUAUCACCAGUGGGACUGACAGAAAAAUUGGUUAUUGGGAAGUGUUUGAUGGGACAAUAAUUAGAGAGUUAGAAGGUUCCUUGUCUGGUUCAAUCAAUGGAAUGGAUAUUUCAACAGAAGGAGUGCAUUUUGUCACAGGUGGGGAUGACCAUUUAGUCAAAGUGUGGAAUUAUAGUGAUGGUGAAGUGACCCACGUUGGGGUGGGACACAGUGGCAACAUUAUCCGCAUGAAGAUAAGCCCCAAAAAUCAGCACAUUGUUAGUGUAAGUGCCGAUGGAGCCAUUUUGAGAUGGAAAUUCCCCUUUUCCUCUUGAAUUAGUUUUGGAAUCUCUUCAAGGACAGUAUUCAUGUUCCUAUUCACCACUGAACUUGUUUGCUCUUUGGUCAAAAUUACAUUUGAUUAUAUGCCUAUUUUUUCUUAUUUACUUUUAAAUUUUGUUGCAUGGGAUGUUUUACAUUUUAAAAGAAGCUUCAG